AUGCAAAACAUACAAACUAUUAAAGAUUCCUACGGGUUAACUGGAUUAAGGGUGUCCACGGUAGUUGCGACAAAUACCUUGGGGAGUUUGGACCCACCCUCAAGCGGUGCAUUUGCCGAUGAAGCUCGAGAUGACAUGGUUGGAAUCAUAAACUUCUUGUCGAACACUAGCUCGCCGUUACUAGUUAAUGUGUAUCCCUAUUUUGUAUAUGCCUCAGAUCCAACAAAUGUGAGAUUAGAUUAUGCUCUACUCACCGAGACCAAUCCAAUGGUUCAAGAUGGCAACUUGAGUUACUCGAACAUGCUAGACGCGAUCGUGGAUGCUUUCUACUGGGCAAUGGAGAAGGAAGGCGUGAGCCAUGUGGACGCGGUGGUUUCCGAGAGCGGUUGGCCGUCGGCUGGAAACGGACUCAUCACCACUCCGUUGUUCGCACAAGCUUAUAAUCAACAUUUUGUGAAGAAGUUUCUUGCCAUGCAAUCGACUCCUAAGAGGCCGGACCACUACUUGGAAGGAUUCAUCUUUGAAAUGUUUAAUCAGGAUCAAAAACCUCCAGGCGUGGACCAAAAUUGGGGCUUAUUCUAUCCGGAUGGGACACCGGUUUAUACUGUAUUUUCAUAG